CGCUUAAUACGAUUUGACUUACAUCUCACAACGCAACAAGAAAAAAAAAGUUGACCUAGUAAUCUCAUUAAAACUGCUAGGUUUGUUAUUUAAAUCGAAAACCCGGCUCCAAAGCCCCGAGACGAACUAAGGCCGUCAUAAUGAAGAUCCUAGAAGCCCAGUCAGCUGUGUUAACUAACGUCGAAGUUCACACAUUUUUGAGCAAUCAAGCAAAACAAUAUAAUGACCAAAAGCGCAAGGGACCUACAAAUUUGGAGACACUACGUAAAGAGGUGCUGCAAUAUUUCGAGAGCCCGCCAGGUCCUCUGAGUCAGAAGCCGUUGCCCUUUGAUGCAGCGGUCAUCCCCGAGUUGAUCAAGAGGCUGCGCCAGUACCAGAUCACCAAAGGAGAGUGUAUCAUGCUCUUUAAUAUUCGCCCCACUAACGUUCCAGUCCUAAACACUGUUAUCGAGGAUAUGGAAGACCGCUUUAAUGGCGAUCAGCAGCAGGAGAUCCUCGAUAUAGUCACCGAAAUCCUCGGGCAGUUCCCCCAGGAGCCGGAAGAGGGUGACCAGGGAGACGACGUUAUGGAAACUACUGAGAAUGGGCACUCAUGAGGAUCGUAGACACCGAUAACAACUUUAAGUUCUUAAUAUGGCUUAUGCUCCGGGUUCUAGGGGGCAUUUGACAAAAAGGUGCCAUCAUUCUUAACACCUACAACACCAAACACCCUCCUUCACUUUGCCCACCAUCAGUUACAGUCGUCCUUACUGCGGUAUUGCAUAUCUCCUCGAAGGCUAGCUUGAGGAGUUCGCCGGUGACAGCCGAGCACUCGACGUAUUUGUCCACUCUCAUCUCUUGCGACACAUUAUGUCCUUCCUGAGGAUAUAUGAUGCCAUUGGGAUCAGUUUCGGA